AAUUAUAUACCCGCCGAUGUAUAUAUACCAGGAUUGAGGUUUUAUUGUUAAUUUGAUUGGGGGGCUUGUUCCAGAUAUUUACAAGAAAGCCCAGUAAAAUGGGAAGCUUGCUGUGUUGGAUCCCAGAAAUAUUGAAAUUUUUAACCCAAAGCCUAUGGGCAUCCGGAAAAGAAGUGGAAACUGUGUGCAAACCUCUCCAGCAAGAACUCGUACUCGAUAUCUUAAGCAGAUUGCCAGCUGAUACUCUCUAUAAAUGUGCAAAGGCAUACAGGGAUUGGAACUUUUUUUUCUCAACCCAUUAUUUUGUUCACGAUUUAUUCCUCCCGAGAGCCUCUCCAACCAUUAUUGUUCAUCAUAGACCCCUUAUCGACGAUGAACUAUAUUACCUUGAUGAUUUUGAGGGGGAUGGUAACAUAUCACCGAUUAGCCUCAAGAUUAAAGAUGGUCCUUGUAUAUGUAGUUGUUUUCGACUUAAAUUUUCAUGUUUUGGGUUGCUUUUCUUCACAGAUCCUCAUUUGAGUUACGCAGUUGUCCUGAAUCCCGUAACACGCGAAAAAACGUACCUUGUUCAUGAUUGCGAAUGCUAUACCGAUAUAUGUGGUGUCUAUUACCACUCGAUUGCAAAAGAAUUCUGUGUGUUACUUGUAUCGAGGUCUAUUAUUGACGGAUAUGUUAACUUUAAGCUAUUGAGGGAGCGGGGGCCAUCACGUAGUUGGAAUAAACUAUCUAGCAUUUCAUACUUACCUGUGACUGAAGUACCUCCAGUAAAUCUGAAUGGAGCUCUACACUGGAUGCGUUUUGGCCAUUCUCACUCGAUUAUUUUGUUUUCCAUUGUAGAAGAAAAAUUUAAGUUAAUGCCUCGCCCAACAGUUGUCCCAACAUUGCAUCCUGAUGGCAAGCUAAAAAAAGAAGCGCAACUAUUUGAUUUAAAUGGUAAUUUAGCCUUAUGUCAGCUCGGAGAUGCAUUAGAGAUAUGGACAUUGGAGAAUUACACAAGUUGGUUUUGGACAAAAACACACAGUAUCAAACUGGAAGGGUUGGACCAUCUCAGAAGAUCUCGUUGGGCGCAUGUGUUGGGCACUCAGAAUGGAGCAUUAAUAGUUCAUUUGACAGGAAAAGGAACUUUUGCGUGUCAGCUUGAACCAAAAACUUUUAACAAUCCCAUAUUCCAUGAAUUUAAAGGUUCAAGGAGAGCAGAAAGAGCCUGUCUUCAUACCAAAAGCCUGAUUUCUUUUAGGGCUUUUCAACCUUCACCAAAAAAGUAUCAGGGUUGGAGCUUGCUUUUACACCAAGCUGUGUGCAAAGGAGAUAUGGAACUAUUUCUGAGGUGGUCUCAUUGAUAGAUCAGCAAGUUGGAUGCAGGCCCUACCUCUAAUCGCAGUUUAAGAACACUUAAGAAUUUCAAUUAAUGGGAAAGAGAGCAUACAUAAAUAUAAGUUUAAACUAUAUGAUUAUUGAUAAACAAUAACACACUAAAAAAAGUAUAUAUUGUUAGCUUCCAUAUCAUCUUGUGAAUUUAUGACAAUGUGAAGUGUGAAUUACUCGGUUUCCCUUUAUAGUUGUAUAUCGUGUCGAGAUAAUCUCUUUGUACCUUUAAUAGUCGAAAAGAUAGAAAAUGCAAUAAUAAUGUGCAGCCAUACAAUUACAAAUAAUGAAGUCUAAGAUGAUCAUGUAUUAGAGAAUACUGUACUGAAUUGUAAACAAUGCUAGCUUCUUGGUACGAAAUUCAUGUAGAAACUACCAGUCUUUCUAGUAAUAUAUCUGAAUUAUAAACUUACUUGUAGCAACUUCUUGGUAAAAUACUAAAGUGCAAGUUUAACGAUGAGGUGUCGAGACCAUGGAUGGAAGCGAGUAUCAAGGCUGUUGAGAGUCGCUGCCGAGAGUAUUGAAUUACUGUUUAGGAUUUGUCUGCUCUUAAAGACGACAAAAUUGCACUUGCUCUCAGAGGAUUAUAAUCAAAGAAACCAUGGAUGACUAAUUUAGUUCUUGUACUGCAUGGUUAGAAGAUCCUUUUGGUGCCAAAAUUGUAGAUUAUUAUGCUACAUACUAUGGAUUACGUUCUCCGGUGGGAGGGAGAAGGCAAUUAAAACUAGAAUUUUGGACAUCAAAAACAGAGUCUAACAUACUUCUAUAUUACAUAAAGUUCAGUAAAGUAGGCUUCUAAAAUAUUGGUCUUCCAUGGUACUGAAAACGGAGAAUAGUAAUUGCUUUUUACAAAACCAGCGGAUUAACACCUCUCUUAUUUCAAGAUUGAUGUGUCUAUUACAAUGAGCAGCCGAACUUUGGACUUUCAUAUCUUUCUCGUGACAUCGAGGGAAAAUAUUUACAUUUGUAGCUUAAUCAUGAUUACAUAUUCAAAAAUGUGCUUAACUGUAGAUUCCUAAUGCUUUUGUAGUUUAUUUAUCGCUUGUUACGAUAAUGGUAAAGACUGCUGUAAGGUUAUACUAUCUUCUGUAGAUGAAGUUAUACUGAGAAUCGACAAGAAGUAUUAGUUAAUGCAUUUUUUUUAAAAGACUAAAUACUAUAUAUGCUGAGCAUAUUACAGACUGCAAUUGUUGAAGUCGAUAAAUACUGUCAUGUACAAGCUGGGUAUUAUGUCCCACAAGGUCACUAUUAGUUUGCGGAAGGAUGUGGGAAUUUUUUUUGAUUCUGAGCUAUCAUCCACAACCCAGAAACCAGUUAUAAAUUGAAAUA